GAAUUUCUGAUUUAUAUUGAACUAUUUCAGAAAUUGAUGAUAUAAAAGCUGGAUUCUAACAUAAAGAGAAAGUAAAUAGAAUUUGUUGAUUACCCAAAAGAAAAAUUAAUAUUUAAUGAUAUUUGGAUGGAGGAUGAUGUUUUUAAUUAUACAUUAAAUUAUAGUGACAGAAGAAGAAUAUCUAUAUAAAUCAGUUGAUAAAACUUGCAC